AGCCUGCACUGGCACCGAGCUGCAGUCCGGGGUCCGGGGAUUUCGUGCUCAUUGCCAUCAUCGUUUACCCAAGUACUGUGAGACUAACCGCCCAGUGACUUGGGUAAACCUUACAAGAACAGUGAAGUUAGUUCUGCGCGAAAAGUAAAUUACGGUCUAUCGAGAUGGCAAUUCGGUCCCUGCGGCACAUGGCCAGCGUUGCUGCCAACGUGCCGAAACCCGUGACGUGCAUCGGUCAUCAGCAGCUGCAGCUCCUGACAAAUAACAACAUUGCGAGAUGCAUUUCGGCGCAGGUAGCAAGCGGUGGUAUCUGGACAGGGCCGAAUGCGCGGUUCUACAGUGCACUACACGCCAGCAAGAACCUCGGCGUCGGUGAGCUAAAACGGUUCGAGGGGAUUGCGGCCGAUCGUAACAUCUGUGCCUCAAGAGCGCACACGAUGGUGAAUGCUCGCACGCUGGCGACGCAGGAAAUCAGCCGCAGCAUCCAGCUUUUCACCGACAAGCCUCGGAACGUUGAGCGAGAUCCGCAAACCUUGCGGCUGAAGCAACAAAGUGAGAAACCGGCGGUGCUGAUACUGUCAUGGCUCAACGCGCGCCAGAAGCACUUGGCCAAGUACGCCCAGCUGUACAUCGACCAGGGCUUCGAUGUGUACGCCACGCACAUCACACCCUGGCAGUUGUUGUGGCCGGUCAAGGGAACGCAGCUGGUUGCGGCCGAAAUUGUUAAAUUUCUCAAAAACAACGAUUUUAAGAACGGGCUCAUUCUGCACGGUUUCUCCGUCGGAGGAUACCUUUGGGGUGAGUGCCUGGUGCAUAUUGCUCGCGAUCUGCCCAACUACCAGGUGGUGCUGGAUCGUGUCAACGGACAGGUUUGGGAUAGUGCGGCUGACAUUACCGAAAUAUCGGUCGGAGUGCCGAGAGCGCUGUUCCCAAAGAAUCCCACUUUGCAGAAUGCGCUGAAGAAGUACAUGCUCUAUCACAUGAAAGCUUUCCACGAACCAGCCACUUCACACUACAUCCGAUCGAGCCAGAUGUUCCACACAAAUCUACUGCGUUGUCCGGCUCUGUUUCUGAUGUCGAAGACGGACCCCGUCGGUACGGUCGAAGCCAACACGCGCGUCAAGGAUAGCUGGGAACACAGCGGCGUUAAGACCACGGUCCAGUGCUGGGAUCGCUCGCCGCACGUCGGCCACUUCUUGAAACAUCGCGAAGAGUACAUCGAUGUGCUUUUCCAUCAUCUGCGGCAGUUGAACCUACCGACCCUCAAGCAGGACGCACUUCUGCGAGCUAAGCUGUGAGUCUUUCACCGUCCUCGUCGUCAUCGUCGUUCCACCACACGCACUGUGAUACUUACGAACCGAUUUGUGGCGCCGUAUCACCCAGCGCAGAACGCGAGAAUAACAAAAGGCGAUAGCAGCUUAACUCUCUUACGAUUUUUGAACACGAGAUGUGCGAAAUGAUCGAACGGCAAACGAGCCAAAUGGGUAGCAUUAUUGGUUGGAUAAUUUAGCGGAAAAAUGGGUCUCGCACAUAGCGGACAGACAUGCUACACUCCCCCAAACAUACACCAUUUAUGCUACACUGAUAUUAUGUUAUCAUACCUUACUCUGCGCAGUUAUAGAGCAGUUUCAUCUUAACUACAUCGUUUUUUUUUGUGGAACAAAGUAAAAGUUAUCACCUCCGGAAGGGAAUUAUCACAUCAUUUACUUUCUAUGUCCCCCAAGUACAAUGCGAACGAUAAAAGAAUUUCCUUUUACAUACAAUUUAACACAUCCCUUUAGUUGUAAGCCAUUUAAUCACAAUAUGAAUUUAAUAAUCCAAAUAAAGGUGUAAAGUGUAGAUGCGAAAGUUAUAGAUGUGUCAACG